GAGGUCGUGGACGCGACGGGUGGCGGCGCGGAUCGACGACCUUCAAAGUGCAGCAAAAUAUAAAAUGGCGUUGAGUGCGGCAUCGAUAAGAACGAUUCGAUCCUGCUUUGUUAAAGCAAAUCCAGUUUGUUCUAUAUUUGUAACCAGACAAUUUGCAUCUGGUGAUGGAUCAGCACCUAAAGAGGGUUGGCUAAGCAAGUUAUUGCAUGUAAAAAGAGUUGAACCAGCAACCGAAGCUCACUCAACAGCUCUUGCUAACAAGCAAGUCGUCUAUGAAAUGCAAGUACACAACAUAAAGCCUGAUAGAAUGGGAGAUUAUAUAAAGUUAUCAGAGCAUCACCUGAGAAGAGUUCAUGACAAUCCCAACAUGCCUUGCAAAUUGUUUGGAAGCUGGAGCACAGCAUUUGGUCCGCAAGAUCAAGCUGUUCACAUUUGGGCAUAUGAUGGCUACAAGUCUGUGAAGGAAAUGUCAGAACUGUUAUGGAAAGAUGAGGAGUACCUUGAAUAUAAGAAGCAGAGAGGACAGAUGUUAAUUAAUAGAAGCAAUCAACUAUUAUUACCGUUUAAUUUCUGGCCUGAGCCUGACGUACGGACACCUGGUAAUCUUUAUGAACUACGUAGCUAUUAUCUGAGGCCUGGUACAUUGAUUGAAUGGGGAAACAACUGGGCUAGAGGCAUUAAGUAUAGGCAAUCGGCACAGGAGUCCAUUGCAGGCUUAUUUGGGCAAAUAGGUGAAUUAUACCUGGUUCACCAUUUAUGGGCGUAUAAGGAUCUAGAAACUAGGAGAGAAAUUCGAGAAUCAGCAUGGCAAAAACCAGGAUGGGAUGACCUAGUGGCGUAUACAGUACCACUUAUCCGAAGGAUGGAGUCUAAAAUAAUGAUACCAAUCCCAUGCUCCCCGCUUCAGUGAAAGAAAUCAUACAGCACCACAUAUUGACCACUGCCCUUAGGGUGUUCCGAGUAAAGGGGAUCUGACUGUGCUAAUUGGCUACAGUAGGUGUGUUUCCAAGACCGGUGCUUUAAGUUUAAAACACAUGUUCCCAUUACUAUAAUUGUUUAUAAUUAUAUAAUAAAGUAUAUGAUUAAACAGAUUUAUUUAUACAACUUUCAUAUAUUCUCAAUAUUGACAAAAUAUAUUUUUUUUCAUUCUGUUAUCUUAUGACUUCAUUUUAAAAAUGUGAUAUACUUAUUUUUUUUAAAUAUCUGAUAGGUAUAGAUAGUAUGGGGGACAUUAUCUCAUCUUUUUUUUUAUUGCAAAUUGGCAACCAUACGCUUGUACAACAAAUUUUAAAGAUUGUAAUUCAUUUUUAAUACAGUAUGCUGUAAUGAAGUGCAUUUUUGCAUGUUCUUUGUUAAUCUAGUAGCUAACAAUGUUAAUCUACAAUUCAUAAUACAGUAAUUAGCAGUAUUUUAUAUUUGCUACAAAGGAACAGUAUUAUAAGUAUGUUAGAUUAAGCCAUUAAAUUUAUUACUGUACUACUACAAGUACAAGUAGGCCUGUUGCUGCUGUUUUCUC